AUUGCUCGUUCUAAGCAAAAUUCUCUCAAUCGGCAGAAGAUGAAAUACUCUUCAACACAAGGGUCGAUAACAAUGGCCGAAACCCUUCAUGAAAAUCAAAGCAAGGGUUACAUUGAGAAUUGGAAGGAUUGUCAUACAAAGAAAUGCACAAACACCUUUGUCAACGACUAUGCCAAAAAUGAAUGGGAACGGAUGAAGAAUACUUAUGACAGCCGAUCUAGUACUUCUGACUCUACAGAAGUUUCUGAGAUUGAGAUACUCCAUGAGACUCUUGGAGAGAGGCGUGGCCAUAACCGAGGAGUGGGUCGCAAAUUGAAAGGACAAUCAUCAAAACGGCGUACACAACCAACAACUACUAACCAGCCCGACUUACAGCAGACAGUAGCUCAAUUGCAAAGACAAGUUCAGAUAUUGUCUCAAAAACUGUCUCCUGAGGAACGUGCUGAAAUGGAGCUUGAGAUGAAUAAUGCAGCUCCAACGCAACCAAUCUCAUUCUCAUAUGCCUAG